GAAUAUCCCUUUAGUAUUGGUAAUAAAUAAAAGGUUUACUAUAGAUAUAUAACAGUAUUUCUAUUAUAUAAGAUUUAUUAAUUGCACGAUAUAAUGCCAUCUUUCAAACCAUAUAAUAAUAAAAGAUAUCAACCAAAGAGUUUCUCUAAUAGAGCUCAAGCCCGUUCAUAUCCUGGUCGUUAUGCAAACAACCGUCCUCAAAUAAUAAGACCUUCUACUACUAGAAGAAGAAAGAACUAUACCAAAGGGUAUUAUCCGCAAUCUCGUUCUGGUAAUUUGGUUUAUGUCGAAGAACCAGAAACUGAAUCUGAAGUUGAAGAAAGUUAUGAAUCUGGUAGUGAUGAUUCUGAAGUCUCUGAAGAAGAAGCUUACUAUGUUCCAGAAUCCGAUGAAGAUGCUUAUGAAUUUAACUUAAAUUAUAAUGAUUCUGAUGAUGACCACGUUGAUUAUUUGGUGGAUUCUUCUGAUGAUGGGUUUAAUGUCAUUGACAUGAAUGAUGAGUUGGAAAAUGACGUUGUUGAUGCUUUUGAUUCCCAAGGUGAUGUUAUUGACUUAAAUGAUGAAUUGGUUAGAUUAUACGAUUCAGAAUCAGACUUCGAAGAUUCCGAUAUUGAUAUUGACUCAGAAUCCGAAUUAGAUUCAGAAUCCGAAUCUGAAUCCGAAUCAGACUCAGACUCAGAAUCCGAAUCCGAAUCAGACUCAGACUCAGACUCAGAAUCCGAAUCCGAAUCAGAAGCUGAAGACAUUUUAGAUGUCGUCGACUUAAAUGACCAAUUACAAGCUCAAGCUCUCUACGAUGUUUUAAAUAGUGUCGAUGAAAAUGAUAUUGAAGUCUCCACCGAUGAUGAAUCCCUCACCGACUUGGAAAUCGAUUACGAUAACAAAGAACUCGACGAUCAAUUAGCAUUAGAAUCAAUCAGACAAGAUUUCGAUGAAGCAUUAAAUAGCGAAGAUGAAGUUUCAUUUUCUGAUGCUUCUGAUGAUUAUUUAAUUGACACUGAUGGUGACGAAUUUAUUGAACUUGAUUCUGAUUAUGAAUCAUCCGAUGAUGAAGAUUUAAAUCAAAAAUUAAUCGACGCUGGUGAUGCCAAUAAUUAUGAUUACUCUGAUUACUCAUCUGAUUCUUCCGAUGACGAAGGUGUCACUAUCUAUAAACAUAGAUUCGAUUUACCAGACUCUUAUGAAUCUGACAACGAUUCUACCGAUGAAGAAUUAAUCUAUAACCCAGAUGAUGAUUUAUUAAGAGCUCAAGACUCUGAUGAUGAAGUUGAAAUAGUUGACUUAUCUAACGAUUUAGCUAACUCAAAAGAUUGUGAAAUUGUUGAAAAUGAUGAUUUUUAUAAAUUAAAUUUGAGAUUUCCUUCUUUAAUCAAAGAUGAGCUAAAAAUUGAUUUCAAAAAAGCUGAAAAUGAAUUAGUUAUAAAUGGUAAAUUCGAUAUCAAUCUUGAGGAUGAUGACGAAGAUGAAGAUGAAGUUUUUGAAGAUGCUGAAGAAGAAGAACCAAAAUCCCAAGAAGAACAAGAAGAACAAGAACAAGAACAAAAUGACGAUAUCGAAAUUGAUAAUGAAGAAAAAGCUGAAAAUUCUUCAGAAUCAGAAUCAGAUUCCGAAUCUGAAUCUAGCUCUUCAGAAUCAUCUGAUUCCGAAUCUGAAUCUAGUUCCUCUGAAUCAUCCGACUCCGAAUCUGAAUCAUCUGAAUCAGACUCCGAAUCCUCUGACGAUGAAGAAGAAAUUGAAGAAGAUGCUGAUGCAUUAAUCAAAGAUUAUGCCAAUCAUGAAAUUAAAUUUGAGAAAAAAUUUCAAUUUGAUAAACUUGUCAAGCAUGAUGAAAUCACUGCUUUCUUCUUGGAAAACGGUGAAUUAGAAUUAAUCGUUCCUAAAAUUGCUGACUCCACUUUCAAUAAAGAUGAUAAUGUUGUCGCUGUCUCCAUUAACAAUAUCGACAAAGAUGAUGAAACUACCACUGAUGAAAUUGAACCUGCUAAAGAGUCCAAAGCUUCUCAAUCAGAAGAUGUUCCAAUGGAAAACUAAACACAUUUAAGCUAUUUCAAUUCUUAAUUUUCAGUUCUUGCUUGUUUUACAAAUUAUAAAAUACUUCUUUUUUUAAUGAUGACGAAAAGAUAAUUUUUCUGGCCACUUCAUGGUCUUAACCAAAUGAAAAAGGAAAAAAGAAAAAAAAAAUUAGAAAAUAAUAAAAUUAUUAAAAAGAAG